GGGCGUGUUUAGACUUUCCAACAGACUUACGAAGUUACGAUCAAUAUCGAGAAAGACACGGCCAAGCCAAGUUGCUAGUUUGUUGGAAAGGAAAAACGUUCCGUCUCCCCUGAAAACAAAGAAAAAAGUACUUUUCCAAGAUGGGGGGGCUUUUCCGAAGCGAGGAAAUGACUCUGUGCCAGUUAUUUCUUCAGAGCGAAGCCGCGUACGCUUGCGUUUCCGAGCUGGGCGAACUCGGCCUCGUACAAUUUAGAGACCUGAAUCCAGACGUGAACGCCUUCCAGAGAAAGUUCGUGAACGAGGUGCGACGCUGCGAUGAGAUGGAAAGGAAACUUCGCUACCUGGAAAAGGAGAUUAAGAAGGACAUGAUACCGAUGCUCGACACCGGUGAGAAUCCGGAAGCACCGCAGCCCAGGGAGAUGAUCAAUCUCGAGGCUACGUUUGAGAAGCUUGAGAACGAGCUACGGGAAGUUAAUCAGAAUGCGGAGGCCCUGAAGAAAAAUUUCUUGGAAUUGACCGAAUUGAAACACAUUUUGAGAAAGACGCAAGUAUUUUUCGAUGAGCAGGAGGGAGGUCUCAAUUCGACCGAGUCUAUGACUAGAGCUUUGAUCAGCGAUGAUUCCAUUGUGAGACAGACGAAUGCCGGACCAGUACAACUGGGUUCCGAAUUGGAGGGAGCGAGAAAAUUGAUGAUGAGAUUUGUCGCAGGCGUCAUAUUGAGAGAGAGGAUUCCAGCUUUUGAGAGAAUGUUAUGGAGAGCCUGUAGAGGAAAUGUGUUCCUUAGACAGGCAGAAAUCGAAACUCCUCUUGAAGACCCAUCAACUGGAGAUGAAGUUUUUAAAUCUGUUUUCAUCAUAUUCUUCCAAGGCGACCAGUUAAAAACACGCGUCAAAAAGAUAUGCGAAGGGUUCAGAGCUACGCUUUACCCUUGUCCUGAAGCUCCAGCAGACAGACGGGAGAUGGCCUUGGGUGUUAUGACCCGUAUUGAAGACCUCAAUACAGUUUUGAGCCAGACGCAAGACCAUCGUCACAGAGUAUUAGUUGCUGCAGCUAAAAAUAUUAAAAACUGGUUUGUCAAAGUUCGCAAAAUCAAAGCGAUUUAUCACACUUUGAACCUUUUCAACCUUGAUGUCACUCAGAAGUGUCUUAUUGCUGAAUGCUGGGUGCCUGUGCUUGAUAUCGAGGCAAUUCAAUUUGCCUUAAGAAGAGGAACUGAGCGGAGUGGAAGUUCAGUUCCACCGAUUUUAAACCGAAUGGACACUUUUGAAGAUCCUCCGACUUAUAACAGGACAAAUAAAUUCACAAGCGGUUUUCAAGCGUUGAUAGAUGGAUAUGGAGUUGCAAGUUACCGUGAAAUCAAUCCAACACCUUACACUAUCAUAACAUUUCCAUUCUUAUUUGCUGUUAUGUUCGGUGAUCUUGGCCAUGGUGCGCUCAUGAGCAUUUUUGCUGCCUGGAUGGUGUUGAAAGAAAAACCCCUUCAAGCGAAAAAGAGUGAUAAUGAGAUCUGGAACAUCCUUUUUGCCGGACGUUACAUCAUAUUGAUUAUGGGCUUCUUCUCUAUGUACACUGGGUUUAUUUACAAUGACAUUUUUUCUAAAUCAAUAAACAUAUUUUCAUCACAUUGGGUUAUAAAUUACAACAAAUCGACUGUGAUAAACAACACGUACUUACAGUUGGAUCCCAGCUCAGAUGAUUAUGUUUCAACACCGUAUCCCAUUGGUAUUGACCCAGUUUGGCAGAUGGCUGAAAACAAGAUUGUAUUUUUGAACGCUUACAAAAUGAAAAUAUCAAUCAUACUCGGCGUUUUCCAUAUGCUCUUCGGUUUGUCACUCAGUCUGAAAAAUCACAAAUAUUUCAAGAAACAAAUUAACAUCUAUUGCGAAUUUAUUCCCCAGCUUAUAUUUAUGACAUUCCUCUUUUUGUACAUGGUACUUCUCAUGUUCUUCAAGUGGAUGAUUUACACUCCCAAAUUUGAUCAUAUCACUUCAUCCCCGUUCUGCGCUCCUUCCAUUUUAAUUACAUUCAUAAACAUGGUGCUUUUUAAAGAUACUACUUAUCCAGAAAGAUGUUCGGAAAGCAUGUAUGCGGGACAACAAGCUAUACAAAAACUUUUGGUAAUUUGCGCUGUACUUUGCAUCCCAUGGAUGUUGUUCUCUAAGCCUUAUCUAAUCCAGCGCAAUAUGAAAAAAGAACAUCAAUUGUUGAGUAAUAAUCAUGUCGGCACAGAAAAUGGCGAUAUAGAAGGUGCAAUCACGCCGCAAACUCAAGCUGUGUCAGAAGGGAAGGUCGAAGAGCAUGAUAUGACAGAAAUAUACAUUCACCAGGGAAUUCAUACAAUCGAGUAUGUUCUCGGUUCUGUCUCUCAUACAGCAUCAUACCUUAGGUUAUGGGCUCUGUCCCUCGCUCAUGCCCAACUCUCUGAGGUGCUGUGGCAUAUGGUCCUUACAAAAGGAUUGAAAUUUGACAGCUGGAUCGGAGGCUUUGUCCUCUGGGCUAUUUUCGCUGCCUGGGCAAUCCUCACUCUCGGGAUCCUCGUCCUCAUGGAAGGGCUUUCAGCCUUCCUUCAUACUCUUCGUCUGCAUUGGGUGGAGUUCCAAAGCAAAUUCUAUUCGGGUAUGGGCUACACUUUCCAACCGUUUUCAUUCGAGGUCAUCUUGGACCAGGCCGCACACUCAGCGGAGGAGUAAAGAGUCUCAUGUAAUCUGAUAGUAAUAAAUAAAAUGUAUGAAAAAAAAAUAUAUGCCAUAAAUACUUCCUUAUUAACACAUUAUAUAGAUCAAGUACUUAAAAACAAUGCUGUUUCAUUUGAAUCCUGUAGCUUUUGAAAUUGUAUUCUAAUAUUUCUUUUUAUUUCAGUUUGAUUUUAAUUUUUUGUAUUUUGCAACAUUCCACAAUAUUGUAUUUAAUUUUUUUAAAUUCUAAUUGAUUGAUACUUCAGUUUUUUUGAAUACAUAACUUAAAACACACAAAA